CUCAGAGACUCAGAGUCUGGAGCCACAAGGUUUCCCUGCCUGGAUCUAGAGGCCUCUCGCCAGGGUAUAACUCAGGAUCUUUAUUCCUGAAAACCAGUCACAAUGGGAGACCAAGCCCCGCUGACACUCCAGCAGCUAGCAAUAGAGAGCCUGCUGAAGGAGGAGCCCUUGGCCUUUCCUGCUGCUGUGGCGGGCCUGCCCCGGUUGCUGUUCCCAGCCAUGCUUGAGGUGGCCUUCAGGAACAAUCAGACCAACAUUCUGCCGGCCAUGGUGCUUGCCUGGCCAUUCACGUGCCUUCCCGUAGGAUCCCUGAUGAAGACCCCACACCUGGAGACUUUGAAGGCCCUGCUUGAUGGACUAGAUAUGCUGCUUACAGAGGAGGCUUGCCCCAGAAGGGGGAAAAUCAGAGUGCUGGAUCUGACAGAUGUGGACCCUGGUUUCUGGAGCAUAUGGACUGAAAUGUAUGAAAAGGACUGCUCUCAUCAGGACAGGAGACAGAAGAAGCCAGUGGAGACGUGUCCUUGCUCAGGGGUGAAGAAAUAUUUGCACGUAGUAACUGAUCUCAAACUUGUGGACAAUCAGUUCGAUGAAUGUGCCAUGUACUUGUGGGAAUGGGCCCAGCAGAGGAAAGGUUCCGUUCAUUUAUGCUGUCAAAAGCUUGAGAUUUUGGACCCAUAUUUGGCCGAUGCCAAAGACAUCUUGCAGUCAGUAGAUCUCCCCUGUAUACGUGAGCUGAAGGUAAGAAAUUUAUGGAUUGAAGAAAUGGCUCCUUUUGGAUCAUACCUGGGACAGAUGAGAAGCCUUCACACACUCAUGCUGGAAGGCCUCGUGAGUAAUUUCAGGAUCGGUGAGGCUGAAGAGCUGGAAGAUGAGUUGAUGAACACAUUGUUCUCACAAUUACCCAAAUUGCACUGCCUCCAGCAUCUCUAUGUAGAUGAUAUUUAUGUUCUAGUUGGCAGCCUGGCAGAGUGGCUCAGGUGCCUGCAGAAGCCCUUGGAGACCCUGUCCAUCACCUUCUGUCGCCUCACACAGAGAGACCUGGAUUACCUGCCCCAGUGCCUGAAUCUUUCUGGGCUCAAGCAUCUCUACCUGAGUAAAACACUUCUUUUUGAAGUGUCGUUUGAACCUCUUGGAAAGCUCCUCGAGAGAGUCAAAGACACCUUGCAAACUCUGGUGUUGGAGAAAUGUUUGCUGGAGGAUUCUGCAUUUAAUGAUUUUAUGCCUGCCCUGAGUCAAUGCUCCCAGCUCCUCAAGAUCAAUUUUGUCGGUAAUAAACUGUCUCUGUCCCUCCUGAAGCAACUCCUUCACCACACAGCCAAACUGAACAAGCUAACCCAGGAGGUAUACCCUGUUCCUCUGGAGUGCUAUGACAAUAGAGGCCUAGUGCUUAUAGAGAGAUUUGACGAAAUAUGUCCUGAGCUUCUGGAUAUACUCAAGUCCAAAAGACAGCCCAAGGCAGUCAGUUUUGUGUCCACCGACUGUCCCAAAUGUGGGCAGUCCUGUGUCUAUGACCUGGAGAGCAGACAUUGCCUUUGCUGGCGAUAAAUUGGGGAAGGUUGCUGCUUGGUACCAAGAUUAAAAAAAAAUUAGAUUUUGGGCAGGA